AUGGCUCUAGCUACUGGCACAUUACAAUGGGAAAUUGAUGCCACUGGAAAGUGUGGAUUCGCUCAAUGCCAUUGGCAAUUAAACCCGCCCCCCAAAUAUACGUCUCCAUAUUACACCCUAGAUGUAAUCUUGGUUCCCAUAUCAAUAAGGCCCUAUGAUGUUUCCCCUCCCAAUGGGCCGGUGAUAGCUGGCGACGCGGAAAACAGCGUGAUUGAACGUGCCAUUCUGCAAAGCAUCGAAGACUGUGGCACAUCAAUCACGGCAGCAAAGUUAAUACUCCCCAGAGUCCACGGCUAUGUCGUCCGCAACGACUUUUUCCACAGACGAUUCCUGACCUGCUCGCUUGCCGAGAAAGUAUUGGACUGCAUUCCCUUGCAACAGUUUAUACCUGCAUUUGAUGUCAAUGCCAACGACGUACUCCAGCGAGGUAUGAAGGGGGCGGUUGGUGCAAUUUUACUUAAGCCAAUUCCUGGGUUUAGCACAGACCUAGUAAAGUCCGCUCUAGCCAUAUUGGAAGAAGAGACAGAUGCGAGGCUAUCUUUUUCUUGGAUCUUGGAGACACCAUUGCCUAGGAAGCGCAUUGCUAUGAUAGAUGGUCGCCCCAACCCAUCUGUAUCCACUGCAUCACAAGGCAUCUACCGUGCCGUGCAAGCACUGGGGGUCGACUUGGUUGUUCUUGACAGUGCCGGACACUGGGUCCAAGACUCCACCAUGGAGGAUAUGCGCGACGAGUUUAUCCCAUGUGACCUGAAAAUGGACGAAGGGCUCGUGGAUCGCAUUGUGGCAGCCCUUUCAACCAGCAAAGGUCGAAUUGAUGGUAUCACUACUUAUACCGAUACCCACAUCUUGGCCACAGCCCAGGCCGCCAGGAAGAUGGGACUGCCAGCUAAUCCACCUGAAGCUCUUGAAAUGUGUCGGGAUAAGUACAAGACACGGUCAUUCGCAUCUUCUGGUGUCCCCGUGCUUUCUGUGACCAACAUUGCCGAUUUGGAUGAACAGUUGCGUCAGCUCUCAUCACCAUUGGAGUUCCCGCUGAUUGUCAAGCCGACGACCGGUUGCGCCUCAGAUGGGGUUAGCAAGGUGACUUGUGAAGCAGAGCUUUGUGGCGCUGUGCAGCGCAACGAAGAAAAGUUCCCCGGGACGAAUGCCCUGGUGGAACCCUACGUUUCGGGGCCAGAAGUGGAUGCCAACUUUGUAAUUGUGGAUGGGAAGCUGAUAUGGAGCGAGAUAAAUGACGAUUUUCCAUCUUCGGCGGAGAUGUCCACGUCAACAUCACCAUCAAUGUCCUUCGCGGAACUUUCCACCAUAAUGCCCUCGAUGUUACCAGAGUCAGAGAUAUCCUUGUUGAAAUCGUCGUUGACGCAGACUUUGCUCAAAAUGGGGUUCCGAAACGGGGUCUACCAUCUUGAAGCUCGAGUCAAGGACAGCAAGAAAACCUACACAGAUACUGGACGAGGCAUGGAGCUAGCAGAUAACACCGUUCAGUCGAGUACUACCAAUCCAAGCGUCUUUCUAAUCGAAAUUAAUCCCAGACUUCCUGGCCACCAGGAAUCGUUCGCAGUGGAAUAUACAUAUGGCAUUGAUUACUUCGCGCUACAGAUGCUGUUGGCAACCGCACCGCCGGUAUCAGAAAUGGAAUCAGACAAGGGGAAAACGUUCAAAAACGCCAUUCUCGCGCUAAGCCACCCACUAGCAGAAACCGCCCAGUAUCCCUCUCAUAUUGUCUUCAUUCCUGCCGAUCGCGGCGGGACCUUCGGAGGUGCCAAACCGCUUCCUGGUGGAAUUAUGGAUUAUGUUCCUGAACAUGCAAUAUUUACGCAGGCCGGGGAAGUGAUUCCAGACCCUGAGGAAGAAGGAAAGUGGCCCUUCGUGGCUUAUUUCCUGGUUAUGGGAAAGAUUGCUGGAAGGGGUUGGCAAGCGAGAGAGCAGGUCCGAGCUGUGGGAGAUAUACUGAGGAAGACCUUCAUAUAUGAGAUGGCAUAG